GCCACCAAAUACUUUAAAGGUAUGGCGGACAAAGGCGCGGAUUUCGAGGAUCACAAUGAGAAGACAAUGUACACUAUUCAAGAUGCUUAUACAGCAACCAUACAUGUCCUUGCUGACGAUCUGAAGGCGGUGGAGUGUCGAUUCCUAGCACGCAAUAUGGGAAUAUCUGAUGUCACUAUUGAUGAUCUUGAAAAAGACAAUCCUGGCAAAACUCGAAAAUUUAAGCGAGAACUAUUACGUGUAUGCUUGGCUAAAUAUAAGUUACCAAAUGACGUCGAUAAGGUAGCAGAGAAGAUACUCAUGAUUGAAAGAACAGAUCUGGCGGAGAAAUUCAAGGAUUUUGUUAAAGGUAUGAAAGACAAAGGCGCAAGCUUUGACGUCCAUGAAGAGAAGGCCACAUACACAAUUCCAGUCAAUUGCCAUGGUGUUGAUAGUCUACCACAAGAAUUUGUAGAUAGACCAGGUGACAUUCAGAAGCUUGUAGAUAUGAUUACGAAUUGUGAUGGUAAACCACUUGGUAUUAUAGAUCAACAUGCUGCCAAUCAGACGACGUGUCCCUACUCGUAUCGAGCUUCGCCAAUUGGUAUUGGAGGAGGUGGAGGCAUUGGUAAAACUACUUUAGCUUUAGCAUUAGCACAACAUGUCAAUCGAAAGUUAAAAAAAGAAGUAGUAUGGCUGACUGUGUCUCAGCAACCAGAUAUUCUGUCCCUUUUCAAUACUAUGUAUUUUUAUUUGACUGGAGAAAAGGGUAUAUUUCAAAUGAAAGAAGUGCUAAAGAUUGGCUCAGAGAAUUCACAAAAACAAAAGAAAUGUUUUUAG